GCAGUGAUAAAAAAGCAUCCAAUUCUCGAUGCGAAACGAGUCUCAAUCUUCGGCUGGUCAUACGGUGGUUUUGUGGCACUUAAAGCGCCCGAAGCAGCGCCAGAAGGCUUCUUCAAAUGUGCCGUCUCAGUGGCACCAGUGACAAACUUUUUGUACUAUGAUGCUACUUACACGGAGCGAUACAUGGGAGGAAGUGGUAUGGCAGCCUAUGACGCAGGCGACGUUACCCACAACGUGUCAAACUUUCGGAAAACUCGUCUCCUGCUUGCGCACGGAUUAUACGACGAUAACGUUCACUUUCAACACAGUGCUUUAUUCAUGGAAGCUUUACAAACUCAUGAUAUUGAUUUUGAUGUUAUGGUCUAUCCUAAUCAGGAUCACGCAAUUUCACGGCGAAGCCACUUGUAUUACAAAAUGACUGCCUUCUUAGAUCAUUGUGCUAGGCACUGA